AUGGAGCUGAAACCUUUAUUGAAGACGCUGAGCUCAACAGUUCGUGCCAUCCUCACUUUCACCUUUGCUCUGGUGGUCCUGGGCGUGAUGAUAUGGGCGUAUGUUGACGGUUUCCAGCUGGCUACCUCCAUGUAUGGAAUCAUCUCCUUUGGCUUUUAUGGACUACUCCUCUCACUCCACGUGUUGGUCCAGAGCUUGUUUGCCUUCAUUGAGCACCGGCGAAUGAGAGCUCGAACAGACCCCUGCACAUUAACCAAAACCAUUGGCUUCACUAUAUCAGCGUUCCAAGAGGACCCUGUGUAUCUCAGAGAGUGCCUGAACUCCAUCAGGGCCCUCGAGUAUCCCCCUGAGCUACUGCGCAUCAUCAUGGUGAUAGAUGGGAACAAAGAUGAUGACCGGUAUAUGAUGGACAUGUUCAGGGAGGUGUUUGCGGACCAAGACCCUGGCUGUUAUGUGUGGAAGAACAACUACCAUACAUGGGACCCCAUUCAGGCCCAGCAGGAUGUUGAAAUGGCAACAGAAAUGGGCCCAGGAGGGGAUGCUGAUCAUGCUGCAGGUGAGGAUCUACAGCGAAAGGAGGUAGAGCGCCUGAUCCAGAACAAGAGGUGCGUGUGCAUCAUGCAGAAGUGGGGCGGCAAGCGGGAAGUGAUGUACACAGCCUUUAAAGCACUCGGGCCAUCAGUUGACUAUAUUCAAGUGUGUGACUCAGACACCAAGCUGGACCCUCUGGCAACCAUGGAGCUGUGUAAAGUGUUGGAGAGUAACCACAAGUAUGGAGCUGUGGGAGGAGAUGUGAUGAUUCUCAACCUGAAAGACUCUUACAUCAGCUUCAUGAGCAGUCUAAGGUACUGGAUGGCUUUCAACAUCGAAAGGUCCUGUCAGUCCUUUUUCAACUGUGUGUCCUGCAUAAGUGGCCCUUUGGGUCUGUACAGGAAUGAUCUCCUCCAGCAGUUUCUGGAGUCCUGGUACAAUCAGAUGUUUUUGGGAAGUCACUGCACAUUUGGUGAUGACAGACAUCUUACCAACCGAAUGCUGAGCAUGGGCUAUGCUACAAAAUACACAGCCCGCUCCAAAUGCUACACGGAAACACCUGCUCAGUUUCUGCGCUGGCUCAACCAGCAGACCCGCUGGACAAAAUCUUACUUCCGUGAGUGGCUCUACAAUGCAAUGUGGUGGCACAAGCACCACCUCUGGAUGACCUACGAGUCUAUCGUCUCAGGUAUUUUCCCAUUCUUUGUCACCGCCACCAUCAUCCAGCUGUUUUGGACAGGCACGCUGUGGGACAUCCUUUGGAUCCUGUGCUGCAUCCAGCUGAUCGGGCUUGUGAAAGCUGCAUACGCCUGCAUCCUUCGAAGAGACAUGGUGAUGGUGUUUAUGUCCCUCUACUCGGCUCUGUACAUGACCAGCCUGCUGCCUGCUAAGUACUUUGCCAUCAUCACCAUGAACAAAAGCAGUUGGGGGACAUCAGGCAGGCGUAAGAUUGUAGGGAACUACAUGCCCCUCCUCCCUCUGUCAGUGUGGGCAGCCAUUUUAUUAGGUGGGCUCGGUAACACAAUCUACAAGGAGAGUCAACGGGAUUGGUCUACACCAGCCAAGAUACUCGAAACAAAGUUUAUUGUCUUUGGCUGUGUGGCCUACACUUGCUACUGGCUGGUUAUGUUGCUCCUCUACUGGAUUUGGUUCCGCCAGCUAUGUAGGAAACGCAGCCAAAGUUACACAUUAAGUGUGUAGGCCCAAAGUGUCCAGUAAAGGAAGAUAAUUUAUUCAUACAUUUACUAAUCCAACAAACUUCAAAAUAUUGUUAAAAUUGAUGAUAUGGAUCCACAUUACUUGAGCAUUUUUGAAAAACAAAACAAACAAAAUAUAAAAGACAAAUGUCUUUAUAAAAGAAAAAGACAAAUAUUUAAUUCAUAUAGAGAUGUUGCGCAUUUAAAUGAAACUACACUGAGGGCUUUUGGACAAAUGCACUUUUCAGGUUUAUCUUUGUCAGAGGGAUGGCCUUCCAUCAGAUAUUUAUUUAUAAUAUAUAAAGAUUGGAAAUCUGCUAUUUUGUAUUUAAAGGUGUGGGCAAUGGAUCUUGGGGUAUGUGUAACAUGUCCACACUUGUGUACUGUAUGUAGAUGACUUUAACAACACAAUGAACUCCACCAGCAUGACUGUGUCAGUUUGGUGACCAUUACGUCACCACUGUUAUUGUGUUUCACUGGAUCCUGGAUGGCACUUUCUGCAACGUUGCAGACAUACUUGAAAACAUAGGAAACAGCAUUUUUUUGCGAAGUGGGAAAAAUGCCCAAGGCGAGAAAAAUAAACUGUACUUCUAAAACUGGACUGAUAAUGAUGCUGUGACCAAGGAUCAAAACAUGGAGUCAGUUACUGAAACCUGAAACAAUGGGGACUGUUAUUUCUUUAAACAUUGUAUUUAGAUGCUGCAUACCUAUUUUCUUGAUAGCUUGUUGUAAU